AGACGUGGCAGCGGAGGAUAAUCGAGGCGGCUCGGGCUGAAGCGGGCAGAGCGGCAGCGGGUGAGCGCAAUACCUGUCCUGCGCCUCGAACCAGUGCUUGCGCUAGUCGGGACCGGAGGCGCGGCCGAUCAGUAACACAGGGUCGGUCAUGGGACUUUGCAAGUGCCCCAAGAGGAAGGUGACCAACCUAUUUUGUUUCGAGCACCGAGUCAACGUCUGCGAGCACUGCCUGGUAGCCAAUCACGCCAAGUGCAUCGUACAGUCCUACCUGCAGUGGCUCCAAGAUAGUGACUACAACCCCAACUGCCGCCUUUGCAGCACACCCCUGGCCAGCCGGGAGACGACCCGACUUGUCUGCUAUGAUCUCUUCCAUUGGGCCUGCCUCAAUGAACGUGCUGCCCAGUUACCCCGAAACACAGCGCCUGCUGGCUAUCAGUGUCCUAGCUGCAACGGUCCCAUCUUCCCCCCAACCAACCUGGCUGGCCCUGUAGCUUCUGCACUGAGAGAGAAGCUGGCUACCGUCAACUGGGCCCGAGCAGGACUGGGCCUCCCUCUGAUUGAUGAGGUGAUGAGCCCAGAGCCUGAGCCCCUCAAUUCAUCCAGCUUCUCUGACUGGUCCAGCUUUAAUGCCACUGGCCCCCCUGCACAGGAGAAGAUAGAAAGUACUUCUGCACCCACAGUCUUCUACAGCCAGGCCCCUCGGUCCCCUUCAUCACCCAGCCCACCUGACCAGCACACAGUCAUCCACAUGGGCAGUUCUGAGCCCUCAACUCACGCCCCAAGGAAGGUGUAUGACACACGGGACGAUGACCGGGCGCCAGCCCUCCAUGGGGAUUACGAUGAUGACAAGUACCGCCGCCGGCCUGCCCUGGGCUGGCUGGCCCAGCUGCUCAGGAGCCGGGCCGGGUCUCGGAAGCGGCCGCUGACCCUACUGCAGCGGGCAGGGCUGCUGCUGCUCUUGGGGCUGCUGGGUUUCCUGGCCCUCCUUGCCCUGAUGUCUCGCCUGGGCCGGGCUGCAGCUGACAGUGAUCCCAAUCUGGACCCACUCAUGAACCCUCACAUCCGUGUGGGCCCCUCAUGAGCCCUGGGUUGUGACUGGGCCAGCCCAGGGCUCCAAGGAGGGAAGACUGGGGGACCUAGGAGCUCUUCUCCAUUCCUGUCCCUCAAGCCUAAGACACUAAGAUCCCAGGCCCACAGCCAAGGCCACCAGAGCAGCUGCAGGCUGGGCCUGGAGUCCUGUAGGUGAAGCAUUUGUCUUAAUUUGCUUCUUGGGUCUCCUGCCUCCCACCCCAACCCCUCAAAGGAGCUGACAGGGGCGAAUAAACAACAGACUUUAUUAAAACA